AUGAACCUCCAUGGCCCUCGCGCCGAAGGUCCGCUCCCAGCCCGCGUGGCAAAGGCCUGCGUCAACUGCCACAAGUCAAAGACGCGCUGCGACGGCAGGGAACCCAUCUGCUCGCCGUGCGCCGACAGGGGCCGGGACUGUGCAUAUCCAAAACGAGAUGGCGGCGGCGGCGGCGGCGGCGGCGGCGGUGGCAGCGAUAAUGAUGCCCGCAAGGUAUAUCCGCCAAUUUUUCAGCCCGUCGAGCAGGUCAGUACCGUCCAAGAUGCCGUCAUGACCAUGGACACAAUGAAUGUCCAAGUCAGCAUGGAUGCGGUGCCGACUCUGAGCAUCAUGGAUAUGGACAUGGCCGUAGACACAGGCGGCGGCGACCUUUCCUCGGUCCAAACCGCAGACCAGCAGCAUAUCGCCUCCAUGGCAGGCUAUACGCAGUUCAUGCCGUCUCCGCCCGAUCUCGAAGUACAAACACCGCCACCACCACGGGCGCCGAUACCGCCACCACCACCAACUGCGCUGCAGGAUCCACGGAACAAGCAGCUGGCCGAAACUUACUUCACGGUAUUCCACCCGCAUUGGCCCCUGAUACACCGAGACACGUUUAUGAGUAACCAGCAACCCGAACUGCUCACCCGCGCCGUCAUGAUAAUCGGUCUGUUCUUCCACGGCUCGGCUGAGGCACGCGCCCUUGCUGUGACGCACCACAGAAAGCUCUUGAAAGAGGCCCAGGACAAAGUU